UUCAGGGGUGGAUUGAGCGGCUCCCCACUGCUGCACCAACGAACAACCCGUGGCUCCGCUGCGGAGUGUUCCAGCACGGCAGCCGAGCUGAACUUUUCAACCCACAAGUUUAUCCAGUCCACAAUGUGCAACCGGUUCAAGGAAGGGAGCGUGGAGAAGUUGGGAUUCAUCCUCUCCAACGCGUAG